AUGGCUCGUACCAAGCAAACCGCCCGCAAGUCGACCGGAGGAAAGGCUCCAAGAAAGCAGCUCGCCACCAAGGCCGCUCGCAAAUCGGCCCCAUCGACCGGUGGAGUGAAGAAGCCGCAUCGUUAUCGUCCGGGAACCGUUGCUCUUCGUGAGAUUCGUCGUUACCAAAAGUCCACCGAGCUUCUCAUCCGCAAGCUCCCAUUCCAACGUCUCGUUCGUGAAAUCGCCCAGGACUUCAAAACUGAUCUCCGCUUCCAAUCCGCUGCUAUUGGCGCACUUCAGGAAGCCUCGGAGGCCUACCUCGUCGGACUUUUCGAAGACACCAAUUUGUGCGCCAUUCACGCCAAGCGUGUCACCAUCAUGCCAAAGGACAUACAAUUGGCUCGCCGCAUUCGCGGAGAACGCGCUUAA